GUGUCUUGAAUAUUGCUUCAUCAACUUUACAAUUAUAUGAUAUGGAUAGUAUUACUUAUUCUAAUAUUAGUUGUAAUGCUUUCUUAGUUAGUCAAAGUGAUAAUACUUCUUUAAUUAGCAAUACUUAUUUUGCUAUUAGUAACAAUAUAUCCUUAGUUAAAAAUAGCAGCAGUGCUUAUAAUAAUAGUAUUUUUAGCAAUAGUUAUAAUAUUGAUCAUUUUUUUAAAAUUAAAUCUUUCAGUAAUGUUGAUAAUAAUAUUUAUCUCAAUAAUAAAUAUUUGACUAAAGAAGCUGAUGAAUAUGAUAAAUAUAAAGAUCAAGAAAAUAAAUUAGCUUCAUUAAGAUUA